AAAAAAGGAUACAGACAGUGAGCAGCAGAGAGCGGAGAAAUUGGAAAAUUAAUCAUCGACUUGUGAAAAACCGCCCCAAUCAAGAUGCCGGCAACGACGGUGAAGAGUGAAGCGACUGACCAGCACAACAACUGUGAUAAUGAGGAGGAGGAACCUAAAGACAUGAAAAAUGCGCAUCUCAUUAUCAACGAGCUUCGCAACCGGUGCCGAAAUCAAUCGGAGCAAAUCAUGGCGUGGAAGAAGGCGUUCUCGUUACAGCAAGAACAGAACCACCGAUUGCAGAAGGAAAAGACGGAACAGUUGAACUAUCUUACCAGCCAGCUGCUGCUGCUCGAAUCGCGCAUUAUGCGCAAACAGAAGCAGGUGUCGAACGUGAUCUAUCAGCGGGAGCUGACGAUCUAUCGGCAGCAGAAGAUCAUAGAAACCCUCUCUAGUCGCCUGAUCGACCACGGCAUUAUGGACGUGGGCAUGGAUGCACCCGGUAUGCACACCGGCAGCAACAGCAACGACUUCGAUUCGCUCAACGAUUCCGACUCGGCCGUCGUCCUGGAAGAUGUCGAUUCGGACUGCAACAGCUCGAUCUACUUCGGUGGCAGCAUCAGUGGUGGCGGCAGUCUCAAGUCGCGCUGUGGCUCCAACAAGAUGACGAACGACGUCACGAUCGUGCGGUCCAUAUCGGACGCGAUAGAGACGAACCUGAAGUACAACAACACCCGACGCUCGAACUGUUUCCUGCGGCGGCCCGAAAUUCUCGAAACCGUGUACAGCGUGGAGGAAGAUCCGGAACCUCAGAAUGCGACCGGGGGCGGUACGAACGCGACGGAUAGCGGGUCCACAACGGGGCCCACCUCCCCGAAACCGGACGCCGUCAGUGAGAAGCGGGACAAGUUUAAAAACCGCACGGAAAAGUGCAUCUCCACCGAUCAGCCGGAAGGUACACGGCAGGAGGGCGCACCGGUUAUCAUUACCAGCAGCAGCUGCGACGUGGAGUCGGUCCUGUGCGAUACGCCGUCGCAGGGCUGCAAGGUACAGGGUGCCGUCACGAACUUUAAUCGCGUCAUGUCCAACCAUCGGAAUGUGACGAAACCGAAGGAUGUCAAGUACAAGCGCAUCAACAAGGCCAAAUCGAAGAGUCUGGAGGAGUUACGCGGUCGGCUAAAGCAUUGGGUCGAGCGUGGCACCUGCAAUGUCAACCUGACGCUCGACCCAACUGGUGGUUCGCAUCUGAGCGGACAUCUGUCGGAGCACUGUGGAGCCGGCACGUUACAGCAGACCCAACCCCAACAGCAACCAAACCUGGCACAAAGCUAUGCGUGACCUGAACCGAAAGCCCGCGUGCGGGGCAGCAUUUAAUAGAAGGCGCACGGUUGCGUGACUUCUCGAACUACUCCCACUUCUCGACGGGCAGGACUGCUGCCAGCGCACUCACUCACCCCCAUCUGAAGGUCAGCAUGGGGAGAGUUUAUUGGGCGAGAACAAGAAAAAACAUUAUCAAAUUGCUUUGUUAGCGAAACAAUGCGAAGACAAGCAGAGAGUGGAAAAUUUGAGUCUGAACGAACCCCCGCAGUACUGCGUACUACUAUUUAUUGCGUUUUGCCUAGUGUUUAAGAGGGGGGAAGGAGAAGCGAUGAACAAAACUUACAGAGCAGCAGAUGAUCACAACAAGGAGAUUUGUGGAGCUAAUUGAAAUUUAAGAACCACUUACUACUACUAUACUGACUGAGUCAGGUUACCUAAGAGAAGGAGUUCUGAAGAGGGUAUAUGCAAGAUAGGAGUAUCUGUAAAAAGUAAGUUAGUUAAAGAAUAAGCCAUGUGGUAGCAGGCAGCACUGUAGCCAGUGCUAGAGUAUGAAGGUGUUUCAAUACACAACCACUACUAAUCGUAAGAUAAUCAUGAGCAGUGCCGAAGUGAGUAUAGAAUAUACGUACCCCUAAACAUGCACCGAAAUCUACAACCGUAGGUUCCGAAGAAGCGAAGAAGGUUAGGGAGCCAUUUUGUAAACGAAUAUGUGCGCGUGUGUCUGUGUAUAUGUACAUUGGUAACAACAGUAUAUUCAUACGAUACAGACGAUUUGUACUACUAGUAGCCAUGUAAGAUGGGCACCACCGCCAACACACGAUCACCGUCAGGAGUGAGGAACACGUGGUCGCAAUGCACUCUCCAUUCUCGGUUUUAGUGUUACGUCGGGUAGGUGUUGUUUCGGUGAUCUUUCCUUCCAAAGUCAACAGAUAUAUUUAUACCUUUCGUGAUGGAAUUUCUUUCCCUAUAUUUUGUGCAACGGUUUUUAAACAGAAGAAGAUGUGUGGUUGUGUGCGCGCUCGUACUAAUCAUCCCUUAUAGCGCACACAAGUUCUGACACCUUCGGCGGUGUUUUCGAGUAUGUUCCUUUAAUUAAGAAGAAUAUUAAAGAUGUAUGUCUUUUUUCGAGCGUAAAUGCACGUGACCAUUCCCCGGGUGGGUGGGUCGGCACGUGUCUGGUAAACUGUACCGGUUUCCUACUUCUGAGCUUUCGUUACCAUGGUAACUAUAAGGGGAGUUUAGUGCUCCGAAAACAAAACUCUCCUCACUGUCAGUGGUUUCAACAUCGUUACUCUAUUACCUUUACCCCUUGUCAAUGGCCACCUUUUUUUUGGCCCCGGAUGCUGGUUGGACCAGCCCCCGUUUCUGAUCUCCCUAGCGCCCAUCCCGCUGCGUCGCACCUGGCGCUUCUGCUCGUACUUCUGCAGCUAAUAGCACGUAAGGCAUGUACAUACAACCAAUCGAACCUGUUGCUCACCGGUAAUGGUCGAUGGCAAAGUUAAAAUCAAAGUCCGCGAUCCUCAGCAGCGAGGAAAAGAUUAUGAACAAUUAAUUGUAAGUGCGCACAGCUAUCCGCCCAACACGGGUGCACGAACACGCUCCACCGGUAUGGCAGACUGGGCAGGUCCGGAUUGGUGUCGCUGGGAAUGUGUGUACGUAUAUUAGGGGUUGCAUUGUCCCAAACCGGUGCGCGGUGCUUCGUUUGCGGUAGCAACCAACACACGGUAUUAAUAUGAAGCGUAAAACAUAUUUAACGAAAACUAAAACAAAACAAGAACAGAAAAUAUUAUAAAACAUUUAAACACAAAGAAGGCGUGUAGAAGGAGCGUGUGCUUAGGGAGUGUAGCAUAAGGCACCAGGCAUAGAAGAAGGAUCAAAUUUAUCUAUUUAAGAGGUAUGAAUGGAAGGAAAAUGGAAGAACUUCACUUAAGCUAAUUACAAUCUUCUAAGGAGACACCAGGCAAAUGUUACAAGCGUAAGAACACUACAGCUCCCCCUCAAGAAAAAGCUCUUGUACAACAGCGAACCAUUAACCAUGAUCGAUAGAUUCGUAUCAAUUCUGUAACUUAAAAAGAAAACAAUGCUUGAAAUAUAAAAGUGCGAUUCAUAUUUUCAA